CUUCCCAGCCUGCUAGUGGGAGUUUCGGGAGCGGACUCACAGAGGGCAUUGACGUCGUUGCUCCAUGCUCCGACGGUGGAGUCGGGUUCGGAACUGUUGAUAACACUCUCCCGCCUACAAACAGCACUAGUCAGCUUUUCGCUAAGUAGUAGGGGUGAUGUUGGAUCUCUCAUCACCCGUACACAGAAGUGUACGAUGUUCCUUCGUUCACUGCUGCUGGUGACGCUGGGCAUCCUGGUGACCCACACGCCCUCGACUGGGGAAGAGACGGUGGGCGUGGGGGAGAUAGUGGGCGUGGUAGAACAGGCGAUAGAGAAGCACCUGUCUGCGUGUCCCUUAGUGCUACUCACAAGUACCAGGGAUUCACCUGUUUUCUCCAGUAUUAAUAGUAAGAGGCUUGACCCAGCCACGGUGGUAGACGUGGGUUCCUUGAGUUGUCAACACCGGCCAAGCCAGAGCCAGCACCAGGUGGUCAAAAACCACACUCAUAUGGGAACCCAAGAUUCGGAUCACAUAGACCAUAACCAGGAUCAAGUGGAUCAGGCAGCCCAAAUCAAAGGGCUGCUGGGAGGCUAUAAGACCAGCUGCCGUAGUGUCGUCGUGGAUGUCACCGCCAACCUCGAAUUCACCGACUGCGUCCUCAGUUUGUUGGAUAAGGCGAAUCUUAGGUUAUGGCCGACGACAAAAGUGGUGGUGGUGGGUGGGAAAGCGAGAGUGCACGAAGUCCUUCUUCACCACAGCCUCCGCAACACCCUCGAUGCCCUCUACCUCGCUCUCGACGACCUCGUCCUCCGCAACCUUAUCUUCUAUUCAUUACCUUAUCGGAGUUUUCUACGUAGAAACGUCACGCAGCAAAGCUCUGGGCGUGGAGGUGUGAGUGUGUACAGGAGAUGCAUGUACUGCAAGGGCGGAGAGGCCGGCGUCCGGCUCCUCCAUCAGGGCAACACCACCACUGACAGCCUCAUUUUAUACGAUAGAAUUCUCCAAGACCAACUCAAGGACUUGAUGGGGCACAAACUAACGUCCUUGAGCAUGUCAUUCUUCCCGUAUACGGACUUCUUCCGGGACGUGGAUGUACCGGGCACCACCAUCACUCUCAUGGAUACCCUCGACGCUAGGAUACUCUACACACUAGGCUCUCUCCUCAACUUCACGAGCGAGACUCGGGAACCGCCAGAACGGGCAUGGGGACUUCCUCUGGAAAAUGGGUCGUACAAUGGCAUGGUGGGGAACCUACAGCGGGAAGAGGCCGACUUCUCCACCAGCAUAGCGCCUGGUGUUGGGCGCUUUAGGGCGAUAGAUUACUACAGGGCGUACCCCGCCGACAAGCUGACUCUCACCUCCCUCAAGCCUUCACUUCUUCCUCAGUAUCUUGCUAUCGUGCGUCCACUCACAGGUGAGCUGUGGGUGUUGUUAGUGGUGGUGGUGGUGGUGUGGUGUGUAGGGCUGUGGGGCUUCCAAGCCUUGCCUCGCUGGGACUCCACCGUCACGCCUCUCGGGCUGAGCUCCUCCUUCAUGUACGUCUGGGGCUCCCUCCUGGGCACUGUGCCCCAUGUGCCCACCCUCAACCCCUCCGGCAGGAUGUUAGUGUGGUGGUGGCUGGUGUUCUGCUUCGUGAUCAGCUCUGUGUUCAGGUCGUCUCUGGUGGCCCAUCUUACUGUCCAGGGGAAGACCAAGACGAUAGAGACCUUCAGGGACCUGUUGCAGCAGAAGGGCUGGGAGUGGGGCAUCGAGGGCUGGAUGAUGACUGGGAUGCCCCUCCAGUACUUCUCCCAGCACGUCGACCCCGUCGUCAAGACCAUCUACUCUAAACUCCAGUUCUCGAGUCUGGACAAGGCGCUUCCGAAGGUGCUGGCUGGACAUUACUCACACAUUGCCUUCAGGAACUUCAUUAGUGUGACCAUCGCCGCCCAUUACACCGACUCCUACGGCCAGACGCCCUUCUACACCAGCAGGGAGGGCCACGUUAUUAUGGCCUGCUUCUGCUGGGGGUUCAGGAAGGGUGCUCCCUUUGAGGAUCGUUUCAUGGAAGUGUUUCUCCGACUGGAGGAGGCGGGCAUCAUGGAGAAGUGGACAAGUGAGGUGAUGGCCAGGAGGGUGAGAGAGCAGCGCGAGGCUGCAGGAAAGGAACUCUCCUAUGUGCAGCUGAUAAGCGAAAGGGACGUGGUGCUGGGGCUGGAGCACCUGCAGGGCGCCUUCUACCUGCUGGGGUUAGGCUGUGGCCUGGCUCUCCUCACACUCCUGCUGGAGGAGUACCUCCCUCACUCGCGCUCCAACACCCACUAAUCUUAUUCUGCUGGAGGAGUACCUGCCUCACUCGCGCUCCAGUAUGUCACGCGCAACAGACGGCGUAUUGGUGACCAAACCUCACACUAGAAAGAGAAGAGACGACGACGUUUCGGUCCGUCUUUUCGACGACGUUUUCGGUCCGUUUCGGUUUCAAUGUUUGCAGGACGGACCGAAGCCUCGUCGUCUCUUCAAUUUUUUAGUGUGUGGUUUGGUCAACAUUUUUCAGUCACGUUAUUGUGACUCAUCAUCUGCAGAUGGCGUAUAUUUUCCUGAGAACUUAGUCAUGAACAAGUUUCAGUGGUGUAAACUUAUCCACAAAAUUUCAGUGGUGUAAACUUAUCCACAAAAUUUCAGUGGCAUAAACUUAGCCAAAAUCUUCAGUGGGGAGACCUUAGCAAUAACAGUUUCAGUGGUGUAAAAUCAUUUAGUCAUUUUGAUGCUGUAUGUAUAGGAAAUUUUAUAUUUAUAAUGAAUAACUUCAGACACAGUAAUUAAAACCUUAUUUGUGUAAACUAAAAUUAAUAUAACUGGAGGGUUAACAGACAGCAAAACUUUAUUUUAGUAAAACUUUACUAUAGGAAACAUUACGGUAGUAUAAUAUCUCCAUAGCUGAAACAAUUACCUAUUAGUGAUAAGACCUACAAUUAAUGUAUAAUGGACAUAAAAACAUUAGAAUAAAGGUAACUGCAGAAGGCCUAUUGCCCAUACGAGGCAGCUCCUGUUUAUAACCACCCAAUCCCACUCAUAUAUAUGUCCAACCCACGUUUGAAACAAUCAAGGGACCCCACCUCCACAAUGAUUAACUGUAAAUAUAUAGCUAUGGUAACAGAACAUUCUCUGUAACUAGCUGACAUUAUAGUUAUAAGGUGUGACGGAUAGAUGAAAUUGUUAAUGUAAUAUUCUCCGUCGAGGUCUGAUAGACCUUUUGAGCCCUCUGUAAUGUAAUCCUUUUUUGAGCUACCGCUCACAGGAUAAGGAUGGGGUGCACAAUAAACUAGUCGCUUCCGGCGGCAACAAACAUAAAAAGUUCAACUUUACUGUACGAAAACUUUACAAUACCUUGCUGUUGGAAAACUUUACUGCAGUGAAACUAUACACAAUAAAUUAUAAAUUCUUCACA